GCCCCAUCCCAUCCAUAAUUCCAAGGCAUCUGAUACUAAUACGAUGUGGCUUCUUGAGGUUGAGAAUUAAACAGGACGACGACAUUAUUGGAAACCUCCGCCCGCGUUGUGAAGGCGAAUGAGCUGUUCUCUCGGUUCUAGAAGGCAAUCCCCCUUCUGGUGUUCCAGCCGUCCCUGAAAACGUUGACCUCCCGACGAUUCACGGCCGACCUGACGAACGACCACCUAUCAACCUAAACGCGAGCUCAAACAUCCACUAUCCUUCCACCGAAAACCGAAGAAAAUGUUCGGCCAACUAGCCUCCCUCCAGCCCCGGCAGAUCGCCGCCCAGAUCCUCAACUUCGCCCUGGUCCUCUCGACCGCGUUCAUGCUCUGGAAAGGGCUGUCCGUUGCAACGAACUCGCCGUCGCCGAUCGUUGUGGUCCUGUCCGGGAGCAUGGAGCCGGCGUUCCAGCGCGGCGACUUACUCUUUCUCUGGAAUCGGGGGAUGGACACGCAGGUCGGGGAGAUCGUGGUGUACAACGUCAAAGGGAAGGAUAUCCCGAUCGUACAUCGUGUCAUUCGACGGUUUGACGGAGGUUCGAAACCGCUCCAGCUUCUCACAAAGGGCGACAACAACGUCGCGGACGAUACGGAGCUCUAUGCGCGCGGCCAGCGGUUCCUGACCCGCGAGACCGAUGUCAUUGGCAGCGUGCGGGGGUUCGUGCCCCUCGUUGGCUACGUGACGAUCCUGUUGAGCGAAUACCCGUGGCUGAAAACCGUGAUGCUUGGGCUUAUGGGCUUGACGGUGGUAUUGCAGAGAGAAUGAUCAUUGCACUUGGCAGGACGGGCAUCAGGGCAUUGGUACGGCGCACGUGGAGUUUAGUACCGAGCAAGCGUUCUUUGGAUUGGAUGAUAAGCCGUGUAUGAAAAGGGGAAUGCCUUUCCAUUUUUGCUUUACAAUGACACCGACCUUGAGUAUCAUCGAGAUUCGAUUCUAACACGUCCAGAUCAAUGAUUGAUACUGGAUGGAACAAAAGGCCCUGAUGCCUCCUAAGGCACCAUAUAUUCAGCUCCAGCGCAACUGGACAGCAUCCGAUGUUCCAGGUUUUCAGUCGUCAUGGUCAGUGAGCAGCUCCGGGCGGUCCAAAAUCAAAAUAUCAGAGACAAAGCAGCGGAUGACAAAGAUCAAUUAUACUUUACCUCUCCAA